AACAAACGAGUCCUUACUCGCUACGCGUUUUAAUGAAAUUCUCGGCAAACUGGACUCCCUCCUAAUUCAAAGCAAAACCAAAAUCAAAAACAGGAAAAACAAAUAAAGUAAUUCCUCUUUCUAGCGCAUAGAAGUAGAACAGGGGUAAAGGGUUCUACGCUCAAUCUUCAUUCCUCCAACCACAGCAUCUCAUUUGAAAAGGAUCCUCAAAGCAUUCCUGGCAACCAAUCAUGGCUGACGAUACAACCUCCUUAAGUUAUUGGUUGAACUGGAGGUUCUUCCUCUGUGCAAUUUGGGUCUUAUCAAUGAUGAUUGUAGCAUCAAUAUUAGUAUGGAGAUAUGAAGGUUUCAACAAAACAAAAGCCAGGAGAAGAGAAAAUCAGAAAGAAACAGCAGGGUCUCUGUACGAGGAUGAAACUUGGAGAACAUGUCUGAAAGAAAUCCAUCCUGGUUGGCUUCUUGGUUAUCGAAUGAUUGCUUUUAUUACUCUAUUCACAUUGCUCACUGCCAACAUUGUAAUUGAUGGAGGUGGUAUAUUUUACUUUUAUACUCAGUGGACGUUUGCAUUGGUCACCAUCUAUUUUGCGCUCGGAACUUCUUGCUCCAUUUGUGGAUAUCGCCAAUAUCGCAAUAAAGCUGGUAUUGAUAGGGUUGAUUAUGAGGGUUUGGAUGCAGAGCAAGGUUCCUACAUAGCUCCCACACUCAGGGAAAAUGCUAAUACAUCCAACAUGUCCAAGAACUUUGGUACCUAUGAGCAAUCUCAUGUUCGGAAAACUGCCAGAAUGUGGAUUUACGCAUUUCAGAUUAUCUUUCAGAUGUGUGCAGGUGCUGUGAUGCUCACUGAUCUUGUCUUUUGGCUUAUUCUAGUUCCAUUUCUUACUGGCAAAAGUUUCAAGCUGAACUUUCUCAUGGUUUGUAUGCAUUCAGUAAAUGCUGUUUUCCUUAUUGGUGAUAUGAUUUUGAAUUGCAUGAGGUUCCCUUUGUUUCGGAUUGCAUAUUUUGUUUUAUGGACAUCUGUUUUCGUUAUUUUCCAAUGGAUUAUCCAUGCUUGUAAACCAAUGUGGUGGCCAUAUCCAUUUCUUGACUUGUCAUCCCCAUAUGCUCCUGCAUGGUACUUUGGAGUUGGGUUGAUGCAUAUCCUAUGCUAUGGCAUCUGUGCUUUAAUAUUUAGGAUGAAACACUUCUUGCUUUCAAGGUCAUUUCCAGAGUCUUAUCAGGGCAUGAGGUGAGGUCACCCAGAACUUGAGUCAUUUUUAGGUAGGUUGCUGAAAAGCGGCCUUUCCUUCAAGAGAGAGCUACUAUUAAGGAAUAUAGAUUUGUGGGUCUCUUGAUCAAAUGCAUAUAACCAUUGUUUAUGAGGAUGUAAAUCCACAACUUUUUAGUUAUGAGCAGUGUGUGUAUAUUGUCAGAAAUUUCUACAAUAAUCGAAGUUAUUGCCAGAGAUUUCAAAUGAAAACUCAGCAACCUAAUCAUGUUUCAUAUGCAAAAUACGUUCUUAUAGCC